AUGUGUAGCUCCUGUGAUUACAAAUGCAGUGCAAAAUCACGCUUAAAUAGACAUCAGAUGGUACACACUGGAUAUAAACCCUACAAAUGUAGUCAAUGCAACUACAAGAGCGCAGAUAGUUCAGCCUUACGAAGUCAUGAAAGAACACAUACUGAUGAUAAGCCAUUUGAGUGUAACCACUGCGGUUACAAAUGCAAGGAUAAAUCACGUUUACGACAACACCAGAAGGUACACACUGGAGAAAAGCCUGAAAAAAAAAGCAAAUGUAGUCAUUGCGACUACAAGUGCAGUAAUAUUUCAGAAUUGCGAAGGCAUGAAGUCGUUCACACUCGCGAGAAGCGGUUUCAUUGUGACCAGUGUGAUUACAAAUGCAGUCUGAAGAAAUACAUACGAUCACACAUGAUACUUCACACUGAAGCGAAGCCAUUUAAAUGUAGCCAUUGUGACUACAGAAGCAAGCAUAAAAGCUACUUACUCGUUCACCAAAGAAUCCACACUAAAGAGCCACACACACGCACGUCACACACACAGCCGCAGCGGUUCACUUGUAGUCAUUGCGACUACAAGUGCAGAUGUAGUUCAACCUUGCGAGUGCACGAAAAGAUGCAUAGUGGCGAGAAGCCUAUCGAGUGUAACCAUUGUGAUUACAAAUGCUAUGCGAGAUCAUAUUUAAAAAGACAUCAGAGAAUACACACUGAGGAGAAACCAUUUAAAUGUAGUAAUUGCGACUACAGGUGCAGGCGGAAAGCACACUUACAACUUCACCAAAAAAUACACAACAAAGAGAAUCCGUACACUUGUAGUCAUUGCGACUACAAAUGCAGUCUAAGUUCAAGGUUGCGAGACCAUAUGAAGAUACAUACUGAUGAGAAGCCAUUUGAGUGUAACCACUGUGACUACAAAUGCCGUCGGAAAGCACACUUAAUAAAACACCUGAUGACGCAUACUAAGGCGAAGCCAUUUAAAUGUAGCAAUUGCGAGUACAGAUGUGGGCUGAAAUAUAACUUGCAACUUCACCAAAGGGUACACACUAAAGAGAAGCCAUACAGCUGUAGUCAUUGCGACUACAAGUGCAGUCAUAGUUCAGAUUUACGAGGGCAUGUGAGGACACAUACUGGUGAGAAGCCAUUUGAGUGUAACCACUGUGGCUACAAAUGCAGUCGGAAAUCAGUGCUAAUAAAACACCUGGUAACGCAUACUGAGGCAAAGCCAUUUAAAUGUAGCUAUUGCGACUAUAGGUGCAAGCAGAAAGGUUACUUACGAGUUCACGUAAGAAUGCACACUAAAGAGAAGCCUUAUACUUGUAGUCAUUGUGAUUACAAAUGCAGUGACAGCUCAAGCAUAUCACGUCACCGGAAGAGGUGUAAAGUCAGAAAGGCGAAGCCUAACCAGUAGCGAGAGCGAGUACUAGUGCGGCCUGGAGCCUGCGGAGGCGCCGGGCGCUCGCGGAAGAGAAGCUUCGUCAAACAAGUUCUCCUCUGAGGCUUCCUGCGCUUAGACUUAGAUCUAAAUUUGAUAAUUCAAUGAGUAGUGGGCAACGUAUCAAGUUAGGCCACCGCUGAAAUUAGCGCUAUACCUUGCCGCUUGCUUGAGCUAGUACGCCUAGUGCUCGGGAAUCCUGUCCAAAUGUAUUUUUUGUUAUAUUUUCAAAUUAUAUACAAAUUGCUUUGAUUAUAUGCUAAA